AUGCGGCGGGCCAUGAGUGGAAUACUGAAAAGGAAAUUUGAGGAGGUGGAAGCCUCCUCCUCCCCGUGCUCUUCCUUGCGGGAGUCUGAUGAUGAGGUCUCCUGCAGUGAGAGUGGGGAUAGCAGUGACAGUGUCAACCCCUCCGCCUCAGGCCCUUUCACCCCUGACUCGAUAUUGAAAAGAGAGAAGCGCCUGCGGACGCGGAGGGUGCAUUUCGAGAACGUGACGGUGUACUACUUCAGCCGGCGGCAGGGCUUCACCAGCGUGCCCAGCCAGGGAGGCAGCACGCUGGGCAUGUCCAACAGGCACAGCUGGAUCAGGCAGUACUCCCUGGGCGAAUUUGCCCUGGAGCAGGAGAGGAUCCACAGAGACAUGCUCAGAGAUCACCUGAAGGAGGAGAAACUCAACUCAAUCAAACUCAAGCUGACUAAGAACGGCACGGUGGAGUCCGAGGAGGCCAACACGCUCACGGCAGAGGACAUCUCCGACGACGACAUCGACCUGGACAACACCGAGGUGGACGAGUACUUCUUCCUGCAGCCUCUUACCACUAAAAAGCGCCGUGCACUGCUGCGCUCCUCUGGGGUGAAGAAGAUUGACGUGGAAGAGAAACACGAACUGCGAGCUAUCCGGAUGUCCAGAGAGGACUGCGGCUGUGACUGCAGAGUCUUCUGUGACCCGGAGACCUGUGCCUGCAGCAUCGCGGGGAUCAAGUGCCAGGUGGACCGUAUGUCAUUCCCAUGUGGCUGCACAAAAGAGGGCUGCAGCAAUUCAACAGGGAGAGUGGAGUUUAAUCCCAUCCGUGUUCGGACCCAUUUCUUGCACACCAUAAUGAAGCUGGAGCUGGAGAAGAGUCGCGAGCAGCAGCAGGCGUCCCCCACCAACGGUUACCAUAGCGAAUCCAACGACCUGGGAAGCGGAAACCCUCUCGUUCAGUCCCAGCACAGGUUGGAGUACUCUCUGUCGGACGCUGUUCCGCAGACGGCCAGCAUGCACCUGCAGGCCGCAGACGAGAUGGAGGAGCCGCUGGACGACGACGACGAGGAAGAAGACGAAGAAGACGAGGAGGAGGAGGAGGAGGAGGAAGAAGAGGAGGAGGAGAACGAAGACGACGAGGAGGAUGAGGAGGAUAGCAGCAGCGUUUGCAGCGGGCUGUCCGACUCCAGCACGCAGAGCUUAGCUAACAGCGACUCCGAGGACGAGGAGGAGGACGAUGAGGAUGAGGAGAAGUCUGAGAACUUUCAGGAGGACAUGACAACCCCGGCAGUGUCUCACACUGAAGUGGUCCCCUUGUCCUCUGUGCUGUGCUACAGCGACGGCUCCGUGGCGCAUGAUAACCACAUGAACGGAAACACUUACUUAAUGAACUCUUCUUCGGCUGAGUACUAUCAGUCCAGCCAACCCAGUAAACCCUACGGGGAAGCCUUACCGUUUCAAGAUCCGGUCAGCACAAGCAACGCCGGCACGGCCGAAGGGCCGUUCAACAUGUCUGCUGAGCAGUACACAGACUACUCGAAUCAGGCCGAGGAACAGUACGCGGCGAGUCACCAUUUUGCUCUGACGAACGGUGCUCCCGCCGCCCCCGUGACCUGCUACACGCCCGAUCAGGAGAAGAAGGCGUCCCCCAAAGCGGCGUUCGCGGAGCAGCCUGACAACCAGAACCAGGCACAGUUUCAAAACUACCUGAACAAUAACACCCAGGGUCCCUACAGCGGCCACAGCUCAUGUAUGACAGCUGAGCAGCCGCAGCAAGAGUCCAGCGUCAAUGGACAUUCUGACCUGACCUUACUAGCAAACAAUACGAAGACCCUCCCUUUACCAGACCAUUGCCCCGAGGUCACAGCCAUUUAG